AAUGCACGAUACGCAAUCAGCGAUAAUACUCACAUUAAGUUUUAAUACCUUAUAAAAAUACGACCUUAGUUAUAGUCUUUGAUCCGUAGCGGGUUACACGUUUUUAUAAGGUUUUGUUAGCAAGAUGUCAAUUCGCGCCCUGAGCCCUGAAUUAGCUGAGAAAGCUCGGCUAGAAUUAAAUGAGGAUAGUAAUAGACUGCAAAGUGACAUACAGCAUAUUAAAGAUUGGCUGUCGAAACAACCGCAUUUGAGGGCUAGAACAGAUGAUCAAUUUAUUGUGUCAUUUUUGCGUGGAUGCAAAUUCAGUUUGGAAAGAACAAAGGAGAAGAUUGAUCUUUAUUAUUCUCUUCGUACCAUGGCCCCAGAACUGUUCAGUGUACAUGCAAAAGAUGCCCGUUUUAAGGAAAUUAUGAGUCAAGGAUCUUAUAUAAUUCUACCAAAAACUUGCGCUAGUGACAAGACAAGGAUUACAUUGAUACGCCCGGGACGAUAUGACGCCAAUAAAUAUAGUAUAAUUGAUAUUCUUUCGGCAGCAAAUAAUUUGGAAAAGAUUAUUUUAGUCGAUGAUGAUGCUGGUUUGAUCAAUGGUAGACGUACUAUAGUAGAUUUAGAGGGAGUCACGAUGGCACAUUUCGUACAAAUGUCACCAAGUAAUAUGAAGAAAAUGAUUGUUUUAGGACAGGACGCUACUCCUAUGCGGAUGAAAGGUGCACAUUAUAUUAAUCUUCCUAAUGGAUUUGAUGUCGUUUUCAACGCAAUGCGAAGUCUUCUCAAUGAAAAAAACAGGAACCGGUUACUCGUGCACAAUAAGAAUUACGAAGAAAUGUAUAAAUAUAUCCCUAAAGAGGCGUUGCCAGCUGAAUAUGGAGGUAAUGCGGGAACUAUCGACGAAAUUUUAGACUAUUGGAUGAAAAAAACAGACGAAUUCAGUUCCUGGUUAGAAGAGGACUUACAAUAUGGAUCUGACGAAUCCAAAAGACCCGGGAAACCAAAAACUGCGGCAGAUUACUUUGGUGUUGAUGGUUCCUUUAGACAAUUAGAUUUUGAUUAAUCCAAUUUCAAAUAAUAUUUUCAUACAGGGUGUGCCGUAAAUAAUGUAUAACCUGAAAAUAGUGCUAGUGGACAUUGAACCGUUUAAUAUAAAUUUUGUGUAAUAUAUUUAAAGUACCCCGAUAAUAACAUAAAAAUUCAUAAUACAAUGAGGCAAUUGCCUUUAUUCUAAAUAACUAAAAUCAUAUAAUUUACUUCAUUACUGAAAAUUAACUUUAAACAUUGAUUCGAUGUAUAUGAGAAAAGAAAGUAAGCAUUUAUAAAUUUCAGUUUAUUAAAUUACAUUUUACAAAAGUUGUCGAAAUCUCCAAUUCAAUCUCUACAUUUUUAAUGAAUAAUUACUACAAACUGCUUCCAUGUCCUCUUUCUCUAGUUACCUGGUUAUCCGUUCAUUAUUCUGUAUAAUAUGUACCAAGUACACAAUUAUAAAUUUUAUACCCUACAUAGCUACUUAAUAAAAAUGUUGUAAAAACUUCGUUUCUUUUGCCAAAUGGCACAGAAUUUCUACAGUCAUCAUCAUCGUCACUACCUAGUUUGUUGUAUACUACGUAAUGAUGAUGAUGAUGUCUAAAUUUAAGGAUUACGAUUUAGCAUCGGUCUUUGCGAUGGCUCUUUUUGAGCCACCAAAAGAUCACCAACCACUUCGGGACAUUUAACAUCCGUAUAUGCGUAUAUGAUAUUAACACUACCAUUAUAAUAUGAUUUUAACACAAUACCUACAAUUAUUAAAUUCAUAAAAAGUAAUUAUGCAUAUCAUUUUUGACAUAAUAUUAUCUUCGACCAAAAUUUAUUUUCUUGGCCAGUGAUAGAAUUGGUACAAUUCAAGAUGGGUGACGAAGGAACAUAAUUAUGAAAUAAGGUACAAUAUCGCUCUAAUUUCUAAUAUUAUCAUCUACUUAUUUAGAAGUUAAUAGUAUGUAGAUAUCAAAUAAACAGUAUUCUUCAACACCACUGAAAAUAUAUUGCUAUGCCUAAGUAUUGUAAUCUAAAAAAAACUUACAUAUGCGUAAACAAUGACAAAAUUACAUUUAUUUAACGAUGUUGACAUGGCACUGGCGAAUACAUGUGUAUUUAUUUCUUUUUUUUUAUAAAUUAUCCAGUUUUGUAUGAGAUGCCUCAAAUUAAUUUUGAUGUUGUAAAUUGGUAAAUUGUUGUUGAAUAUGAAUAAAUAUACCGUAGUUCAAUGGGAUUCAAUUACAUAAAUGGAAUCUGAUUGACUGAAUUUAUAAAUCCUUAAUGCCCUUUGGUUUCUACUUACAUUAAAACAAAUAAAUUGUGUUUAAAAUACCACUAGCUGUGCCCCAAGGUUCUACUCCUGUUGGU